GUAUUACCCCGCCUGUGGGCUGAGACCAAUGGUGCUAUUAGUAGUGCUAUUUAGGAACUUAACUGAAGUCUGAGGCUCAGAUUUCAUUUGCCAGGUUUUCAAACAGCACCAGGAGUUUGGGAAUAUUUUAUUUUCUCAGUUUAUAUCAGCCUGCGCGCGCGAUAGGAAUUGGCGAAGGUCACAAGUGCACAAAGUUUACGCAGAAAAGAUAUGAACAUUUUCUCAUUCCAAUGCGUUUCGUGGCUCAUAUUAAGCUUCACUGGUCUGUUCGUCGCUGCUCUGGAGGAAGUAAACUUCUCGAACGAAGUCUUUGGUAAUUUCCUGGAGGAUCUAAGGGGCCUGUCAGAUGCCAACAAAGCCAAUGUCAAGUUUUCUCUGAGAAACCCGUCCCAACCAGAUGAUGAUGUGUGUUACAUUGUACUUGGCAAACCAGAGACUCUCAACAGCUGCGACUUCAACAACACUUCAAAAACCUUUCUAGUCAUUCACGGGUGGACGGUAAGUGGAUUGUUUGAGAGCUGGGUUGAGAAACUGGUUGCUGCACUUUAUGACCGGGAGAAAAACGCUAAUGUCAUUGUCGUGGACUGGUUGGACAUGGCGCAGAACCAUUAUGUGGUGGCAGCACAAAACACAAAGAUGGUGGGACAAGAGAUUGGACUCUUCAUAGACUGGCUAGAGGAGACUGCCAACAUUCCUCUGGAGAAGUUGCACCUCAUUGGCUACAGUCUUGGGGCCCACGUUGCGGGUUUUGCGGGAAGUCAUGCAACGAAUAAAGUUGGUAGAAUCACAGGUCUAGACCCUGCUGGGCCGGACUUUGAAGGGGUUCACGCCCACAGACGGCUGUCCCCAGAUGAUGCCCAUUUUGUAGAUGUCCUUCACACAUUCGCCCGAGGUUCUCUGGGUCUCAGUAUCGGUAUCGAGCAGCCGGUCGGCCAUGUAGAUAUAUACCCUAAUGGAGGAAACUUCCAGCCUGGCUGCAAUUUGAGAGGAGCUCUGGAGAAAAUUGCCAGUUAUGGAAUACUUGCCAUGAAUAAUGCCAUCAGAUGUGAGCAUGAGAGGUCCAUCCAUCUGUUCAUCGAUUCCCUGCUGAACGAGGAGGAAGCUAGCAGGGCGUACAGCUGCGGGAGCAAAGACAUGUUCGACCGCGGCAUGUGCCUCCAAUGUCGCAAAAACCGCUGCAACACCAUGGGCUACAAAGUCAGCAAAGUCCGGAAGGCACGAAGUGUCAAGAUGUUCACCAAGACACGAGGCUCCAUGCCGUUCAGAGUUUUUCACUAUCAGCUGAAAAUCAACUUCCUUGGAAAAAUAAAUCAAUUAGAGACGGAACCAGCCCUGACAGUCUCACUUUACGGUACCAAUGGUGAAGCAGAAGAUCUCAAGUUGAAUGUCAGACAGGAGAAGAUCACUGCCAAUAAGACUCAUUCAUUCCUUGUGGUAACCGAGAAGGACAUUGGAGAUAUUCUGAUGCUGAAGUUUAAAUGGGAGGAGUCCAGUUCCUCUUUACUCACUUUAUUCUCCUCGUGGUGGUAUGGAGAUUCCACAAAUUCUGACGUACAGAUCCAUAAAGUCAGAGUCAGAGCUGGGGAGACACAAAAAAAGAUUGUGUUGUGUUUGAAAGAUCCCCAAACAGGAAGUUCGGUUCAGGAAGUUAUAUUCGUGAAAUGCAGGGAACCAUGGAGGUCUUUAUCUAAAAGGCCUAAAUUGAAGAGCCAAUGAAAUGAUUUGCAAGAGAUUUUGAUGAAGCACUUCAACAAAUGUAUUUAUACAGAUGUUAUUUAUUAAGGUUGCAACUGCACUGAGACUGUACUGUAUUGAAUAAUGUAUUGCUAUGAAUGUGAUUCAUGCAGAUGGAUUGUGGACUUUUGUACUAUCAUAUGGAAUAGGCUUAAAAAGCCAUGAAAUGUGACUGAUUUCAUUGAAUAGUUUUUUUGUUUGAAUUAGGUCAUUAAUUCAGUUUAUCAUUAUAAGUGAUGCUGAUUCUUUUGGCUACAAACACUGUCCAAGAAAACAUUGUACUACAUUACUUAUCUGUCUGUUCUGUGUUAAACUUUUUUUGUAAUAAAUUAUACUCUAGAAGUUUCAUGUUAAAGGUGCGGUCACGUUUACCGUUGUUGGGCGAAUUUUCGCGGGCGAAAUCCAGUCAUUUCAGUAGGAAUCAAUGCGAUUAGGAAUAUUGUGUGGGGCGGCAGAUUUCCACACCAACAAAAGAAAGAUGAUUGGUUUGAUAGUGACUUCUGUGCUCUGUGCUUCAUACAUCGUUAUACUUUUGACAAUAAACAAAUCUUUUCACCUGCAAAAUUGUCACUAAUGUGACUGCACCUUAUAAGACAACUUUUUGAUGGUACGUUUCACUGAGGAAAAUUUAAACAAAUAGCCUACAUUAAUAUCACCACUUGAAAUAUUGAAUGUUUAGCAUGAGCAACAAUUUGAGCAAAAGCAACAAUUACAUCCAGAAAACACAUUUAAGUCAACUCCAGUAAGUUAAUCUAAAAAGUCAUAAGGAAAUGAAAACAUAAAUGAAAAUCUAUUGUGUUGAAUAUGUUUUAUUAUUGGUACAAGUUUCUUUUUUUUCCUCUUUUGCACUUUAUAUAGGUAAUCGACAUUCAUAAGCAGGAAAAAUAUUCCAUAAAAAUACUGGAACUGACAUUUACUCUGUAUACUACAUCAUACAAAAUGCUACAACAUUUUAUACAUUUUUUUCAUGAAAAAUGAUGUACAUCAAUAAAAUGAACUGUACACUGUGAAAAACUAUUAAAAAAAAAUUCUAUCUUUGA